UUCACUAGUUACACGUUAGAAUUAGUAAAACGGUUUAAAAAUAAAACGCAAAAUGUUUUUCAGUAAUUGUGUUAAAUUUGUGACUAUAUUUUUAAUUGUGUUUGAGCCUUGCAGAGGACUACAAACUCUUUUAAGCCAAAAUCUUGAUACUUUAGAAAAAUUUCGUCAACAAAUAGUGCUGCCCGUAGCUGCGGCUCCGAAUUGUACUUUAAAUGCCUGUGAGGCUUUAAAAUUAGUCUCUCAGUUGUUGGUGCUGCUGCAAACAACUCUGAUUAUUCCGGUACAAAGAGCACCACAAAUUAGUCGUGCUAACUCCUUAGCGGAUAAGGAUGAACGCGAUAGUCAAUUGCAUAAAAUGGUGCGUCAAAUCGAAAGUCGUUUGCGAUCGGUGGAACAGCCUGUUUGGCGUUUAGCUUUAGGCAGUCGUUUAGAAUGGAAUCAUUGUACCUCAAGUGCUUGUCGUUGUAAUCCAGAUACUAAAAGUUUUACCUGUUGGAAUACAAAUCUUAAAUCGGUACCUGUAACACAAGUUAUACCAAUGAAUAUGGUAUCAAUUGAUAUUUCUCGCAACGCUUUGUCUACUUUACACAAAGAUACAUUUCGUGGUUUGACAUUGCUCAAGGAAUUGGAUUUAUCUAGCAAUCAGUUGGAUUUUUUACCAUUCGAUCUAUUUCAAGAUCUUGACAGUUUAAUACAGCUCCGCAUACAAUACAACUUUCUUGAGGAACUGGAUUAUCGUAUAUUUUGGAAAUUGCGUCAUUUAAGUCUACUGGAUGUAAGUAAAAAUCGUUUAACCAGUGUAGAUGAGCAGCUCUUCAAUCAUUGCCAACGUUUGACGGUUAUAAAUUUGGCUGAUAAUAAAAUCAAAAUAUUCCCACCAAAUCUCUUACGUGAUCAAUCCAAUUUAGAGGAACUGGAUAUGUCACGCAAUGAAAUACAGGUUUUGAAAAGGGGUAGUGUUUUGAAAUUGGACAAAUUGAUGGUGUUGGAUUUUUCGUCAAAUGCAAUUGCUUCUAUAUCAGAGGACUUCUUUUCGGGUCUAAUAAGUUUAAGAACUUUAAUAUUACACAACAAUGAAAUAACUACCAUAUCUGGGACGAUUUUCAAAAAUUUAGGCAAACUUAUAACAUUGGAUUUAACCAUGAAUCGUAUCGCGAAAAUUCACAGUAGAGCCUUUGAGGAAUUGGUAGAUUUGAAAGAAUUAUUUUUGGGACAAAAUGCUUUAAACACUAUACCGGAUGGCAUGUUUCUAAACACAAAAUCUCUAGUACGUUUAACAUUUUUCUCCAAUAAUCUAACCACUUUGGAAUCGGCCGACUUUGAGGGUCUAACAAAUCUUAAGAAUUUAAUGCUUAACAAUAAUAAUUUAAAAUAUGUAAAUUCCAAAGUAUUUGCUCCAUUUAAAAAUCUAGAGAAAUUACGCAUUGAUUCGAAUAAAUUGCAAUAUUUACCACACGGCUCUUUUGUGGAUCUACAAAAACUUAUAUCGGUAAAAUUGGACAAAAAUCCCUGGCAUUGUGAUUGUCGUGCCCUGUACUUGGCACGUUGGAUACGUGAACAUAGCUCAAAAUUAUGGGAUGGUGCUCCCAUGUGUCGUGGUCCCGGUGAUUUAGGAGGUCGUGAAGUGGGCCUGCUACGUUACGAUGAUCUCUGUGAUGGUCAGUGGGCCAGUAUGUUGUCAUUAUCACCACGUUUACCCGUACGCAAAAAUCGCAUUUCCACGCCCAUGAAUUAUACUGAUUAUUUUAAUUUAUACUUAAAACAUAUUUACACAUCCGCGCCCGAUCUACAGGAAAAACUGGACACAUAUCUAACAACAGAGCGUAGUAGUGGUGGCGUUGGACGAAGAGGUUAAAUGGAAUAUUUGUUUGUACAAAAAGCUGGAUAAAAGUCAAUUGGAAUUUUGGUAAGCGGAAUAUGAAAUGAAGAAAUGUGGUGAUGGGAGUUUAUUUUUAUAUAAAAAAAUAUUAAUAUAUUAGUACUAAUUGCAUGAAUAAUUUUAGAUUAAUAUGGUGUUAAAGUAGAUUUAAUUUUGUAACCUAUUUUAAUAAAUAAAAAACGAAAAAAUUU